GCGGCGGCGCGGCGCGCCCCCGGGAAAGCCUGUCGGGCGGGUGCCGGCCCCGGGGCUCCCGCCGCGGCCGCUGGGGAGGCCAGCCCGGCGCAGCAGAGGGCCGAGCCCCCGGGGCCGGUACACCCUCGCCUCCCCCCCCCCCCCCCCGGAGCCUGCCGGGGCGGGGAGGCGGGCGGGGGGCCGGGGCUGCCGGCGGCGGCCCCCGCCCCCGCCGGAGGCAGGACGGAGGCACGGCGGGCCGGGGGCGGCCGCAGCCCCGGCCCCGUGAGGAGGCGUCAGGCGCGGCAGCUCCGCUCGCGCCCGGUCCCGGCUCGGUAUAAAUGGGGGGCGGCGGCGGCGGCGGCGGCAGCGCUUCGCCCAGACGGAGACGGAGCCGGCCCCGCAGCGGAGGGCGGCUGGGCGGCGAGCGGCGGCACCGGCACCGGCACGAUGGGCGGCGGCGGCGGCGGCCCGCGGCGGCCCGGCGCUCUGCCGCUGCUGGCGCUGGCGCUGCUGGCGGCGCAGGGCGGCGCGGCGCCCCUGCAGCCCGGCGGCUCCCCCGCGCUCACCAAGAUCUACCCCCGCGGCAGCCACUGGGCUGUGGGACAUUUAAUGGGGAAAAAGAGCACUGGAGAUCUUCCUUAUGUUUAUGAAGAAGAAAACAAGACACCGUUUUCAGCAUUACCUGAAAAUAUCAAGCAGCUGGAAGACUAUCUGCAGUGGGAAGAAAUCUCAAAAUACUUGCUACGGCUGCUGGAAGGGAAUGAAAAUAAAAGUGCUCACUUUUUAAAAGGAGGGCUUCCCUGGUAUACCAGGAACACCUGGGAGACAGAUGACAAUAGCAGUUGGAAAGAUAUGAUGGACUAUCUGCUUCAAGUUGUGAAUAUGAAAGAGGGCACUCCGAGCUGAAAGAAGGUCUCUAAAUCAUGAAGAAAUGGAAUACUUUCUGUAAGAGACUAUAUUUCAUGAGCACUUGAUUGUAUCAGAUAAUCAACAAGGUCUCUUUUCUGUAAACAAGAUUUCCUUUGUGUAAAAUAUCUAAAUACACAUAUUCUUGUAUGUUUCAGCAAUGACUAAACUCUCUCCUUCAUUUUCAAGGUUGCAUCUUCUUGCUUGAAUGGCUUUGAUAUAUAUAAUUGUCACGGAAGGGUCUUCCAAUUAAUUAUAUGACUUACCUAUCUAAUCAGUUCAUCUCUCAGUUCAAAACUACAUGACAUUUCAACGUUCGCAAUAAACAGUACUAAUAAAAAGGC